UCAAAUGUCAACCCUUUGAAGAACACGACAAUUCAUUCAUUAAUCAAUCAUUCCAUCAUUUUCAACCCAUUAAUUAAAUAAACCUCAAAAUAUAAACUUGAUCACAGAAAUCAUAGUAAGACAAUAAGGGCAACAACCCCUUGUUCCAAUCCAACAACAUUUCAAUUUUUUUUUGAUUUUUUGACAAAUUCAAUUUUCUUACCCAAAACCCACGAAAAUUUUAUAUUCAUAAAUCACGAUCAUCCUAAAUUGUAUAAUUCUGUAUUCAACUACUUGCAUGUUUUCAUUCACAAUUUUUAUUCAAUUUUUGGACAUUUUUCAAAUAAUAGACCAUGAUAAACAGAUCUCUGAAUCAAUUUCCUUGACUUCAAUGAGGUCUUUUAUGGAGAUUUUGGUGUUCUUGGUAACUUUUUUGAGUUUAGGUACAAUAGGGCUUUCAGAGGAGUACAGAGUUGGGGAAGCUCCUUGGAGAAUCCACACAUUAUUCUCAACAGAAUGCAACGAUUAUUUCGAUUGGCAAACAGUUGGAAUUAUGCACAGUUACCGGAAAUCGGGUCACCCGGGGCCGAUUACCCGGCUUCUGAGCUGCACAGAGGAGGAGAAGAAACGGUAUCGAGGUUUCGACUUAGCUCCGACUAUGGAGGUCCCUUCUAUGAGCAGACAUCCAAGAACUGGUGACUGGUACCCUGCUAUUAACAAGCCCGCUGGGGUUUUGUAUUGGCUCCAGCAUAGUGAGGAUGCUAGGAAUGUUGAUUGGGUUGUAAUUUUAGAUGCUGACAUGAUCAUCCGAGGGCCAAUAGUACCUUGGGAAUUAGGUGCUGAGAAAGGCAGGCCUGUUUCUCAAUAUUAUGGGUAUUUAAUUGGAUGUGACAAUAUUUUGGCCAAGUUACAUACAAAACACCCAGAGCUAUGUGACAAGGUUGGGGGGUUGCUGGUUUUCCAUAUUGAUGACCUUAGAGCAGUGGCUCCAUUUUGGCUGUCUAAAUCUGAGGAAGUGCGAGAAGAUAGGGCUCAUUGGGCAACAAAUAUAACUGGUGAUAUAGACGGUACGGGAUGGAUCAGUGAAAUGUAUGGGUAUUCAUUUGGUGCUGCAGAAGUUGGACUCAGCCAUAAAAUUACUAAUGACCUGAUGAUCUAUCCUGGUUAUGUUCCAAGAGAUGGUGUUGAGCCAAUUCUCUUGCAUUAUGGCUUGCCAUUUGCAGUUGGGAACUGGUCUUUUACCAAGCUAGAUCAUCACCAAGAUGGAAUUGUUUAUGACUGUGGACGGCUCUUUCCUGAACCGCCUUAUCCAAGAGAGGUGAAAGUUAUUGAAGCUGAUCCAGGAAAAAGACGAGGCCUGAUGCUGAGCAUAGAGUGUAUGAAUACACUAAAUGAAGCCCUUUUGCAUCACCACAUAGCAAGAGGGUGCCCUAAGCCAAAAUGGACCAGAUAUUUAAGUUUCCUGAAGAGCAGAACACAUGCAGAGCUAACAAAGCCUAAAUAUCCUGGUGGCAUUAGAUGGCUAAAUGAAAAGGAUCACGAAGAGGAGUUGAUUGGUGAAGCUGGGAAACCAUAUCCGAAAAUCCAUACUAUCUUUUCUACUGAAUGCACCCCUUAUUUUGAUUGGCAGACUGUAGGCUUUAUGCAUAGUUUUCGUCUGAGUGGUCAGCCAGGCAAUGUCACUCGGCUUCUCAGCUGUACAGAUGAAGAUCUUAAGCAUUACAGUGGUCAUGAUUUGGCUCCAACUCAUUAUGUUCCUUCCAUGAGUGUACAUCCUUUCACGGGUGAUCGGUACCCAGCAAUCAAUAAACCAGCUGCAGUUGUUCAUUGGAUUAAUCAUGCACAGAUUGAUGCAGAAUAUAUUGUAAUUCUGGAUGCUGAUAUGAUUAUGAGAGGUGAAAUUACACCAUGGGAAUUCAAAGCAGCCCGUGGGCGUCCAGUUUCAGCUCCAUAUGGUUACCUGAUUGGCUGUGACAAUAUACUUGCAAAGCUCCAUACACGCAAUCCUGAAGCUUGUGAUAAGGUUGGAGGUGUUAUAAUAAUGCACAUAGAGGAUCUCCGGAAAUUUUCUAUGUAUUGGCUGCUUAAAACUCAGGAGGUACGAGCUGAUACAGAACAUUACUCCACGAAUAUCACUGGUGAUAUCUAUGAAGCCGGAUGGAUCAGUGAAAUGUAUGGUUACAGUUUUGGGGCAGCUGAGUUAAAUUUGCGGCAUCGAAUAGAUGGCACUAUAAUGAUGUAUCCAGGAUAUGCUCCCCAACUUGGUGUCAAUUACAGGGUUUUCCACUAUGGAUUGGUUUUCAAGGUUGGAGAUUGGACCUUUGACAAGGCUAAAUGGAGAGAUGUCGACUUAGUAAACAAAUGUUGGGCUAAGUUUCCUGAUCCUCCUGAUCCAUCAAAUCUUGAUAGAACCAAUGAAGAUGCGUAUUAUCGAGAUUUGCUUAGCAUAGAAUGUGGAAGAACACUGAAUGAUGCUCUGUAUCUCCAUCAUAAGAACAGAAAUUGCCCUGAUCCCAGUAAACUUGCCACAUUAGAUGAGGUGGUCAUGAACAAGGAAAAGAUAUAUAGGAAGUUUCGAAAUAUUAUUGAAAGUGAUGCCACAAGAAAUAGCUCUAACGAAAGUAAUGAUUCUCCGGAAUUACUGACACCUCCUGCAUCAAACCAAUUUAGUUCCAUCAGGAUUUGGCUAAUGGUUUUAUGGGGAGCUUGUUUUCUGGGUUUUGUGUCAUUGCUGUUGAAAGUAUAUGUGCGUGGUAAAAAGCGGAAAUCAAAGGGUAAGCAUUACAAGAGCAAGAAAAGGUCAUCGUACUCUGCAUUGCAUGAUUUGAAUUGAAGAAAUGCUAAUUCAUCUGAUAAACUGUGAAUAUCAUUCUAAUACUAUAAUGGCGGUGUUCUGAAAUGUUCUGCAUAUCCCUACACUUAUUUUUUCUAUAAAUGAAGAUGAAAAUAGUUUUGAUUUUCUCAAUCAAAAUACCCUUCUUUUUGGCAGAAUUCCUAAUUGUAACGUUUAUACUGAAGUUUAGGACUUUAGCAACCAAUUUAUUGCUGCAGGUAAAAGACAGAACUUACUGUUUUGCAGAUAUAUCAUAAGGUGUAGUUUUACAUUUCAGAUAAGUAAAGUAUAUGCAUAUAUCUGAAGUAUGCGGUUUUUUUU